AACAUCCAUUAUGAGGCGCGCUCCCGCUGCCCAUUAGCUCCAGGCGGAAGCCGCGCAUUCCGCGGUCGGUGGAGCAUGAAACCUGUUGGAGCUGAUGCACAACAAAGCGAGCAUUCAUAUCAAGAAGGAACACACGAUGAUGUCUGAGUCGUGAUAGCUGUCAGGUUGUGUGUAAACGAUCCAGUGAGUAACGCCGAGUACUCACUGUGCUCAUACAGGUGUGUUGCACAGACUCGCGCGUGACUCAGCCAAUCAGUGCGGGACUGGCUGUUCCCGAUUCACAACUUUCAAAACAUUUACGCGUGGAGAUGUGGGCUGAGUCCAAUUACAUCACGGACAGUCAUAAGAAAGCACCCCAGCUCACCGGAGAGAAACCAAAGACAUCACCUCUGACACGCACACACCUCGAGAGGCAGCUCCCAGAGCUCAGUGGAACGCGCAAGGACACGAGCUGAACCCACGGACGUAACCACCAGCACAGACAUGAAGGGACUGAGGAGUUUGAGCUGCAGCAUAAAGUUGUUUGUCUUGUGCCACGGCCUUCUGCAGUUCUCUCAGCUGCUGUACAGUGCCUACUUCAAGAGCACCAUCACCACAAUCGAGAGACGCUAUGGCCUCAGCAGCUACUCCUCGGGAACCAUUUCCUCUCUCCACGAGGUCAGUAAUGGUGUACUGAUCGUGUUCGUGAGCUACUUUGGAAAUCGGGUUCACCGACCUCGUGUCAUCGGAAUCGGUGGGCUGCUGAUGGCUGCCAGUGCCAUGAUCCUGACCUUACCUCACUUCAUAUCCCAGCCCUAUGAAUACGACUCAGUUUUACACAAUCGUCAUGACAUUUGCAACCUGCAGCGAAACGUGAGCGACUCUGGGACUUGUGGCCGUGUUGAGAGCAGGCGUCUGGCCGACACUAACAACCUGUGGCUGCUCAUGGCCAGUGCUCAGCUGCUUUUUGGUGUGGGCUCGGUGCCAAUUCAGCCCUUUGGGAUUUCUUACGUAGAUGAUUUCGCAGGGCCUGGCAACUCCCCUCUUUACAUAGCCAUCCUGUUUGCCGUGUCUGUGUUCGGGCCUGCCAUUGGCUACCUGCUGGGCUCAGUCAUGUUGCAGAUCUAUGUGGAUGUGGACAGAACCGGUUUAGGAGCUGAACAAGAGCUGAGGCACAGCGAUCCCCGCUGGGUCGGGGCUUGGUGGAUGGGCCUGCUCAUCACCGCCGGCUGCCUGGUUCUCACCUCCAUCCCCUACUUCUUCUUCCCUCGUGCAAUGCCUUCAGAAGGCAAUGUGAUGAGAAGUGACAGUGACAUGAAAGAUGACUUCAGAAAGACAGAGGUCUCUUUACUUGAUUUCCUGAAGAUGUUUCCCAGAAUUUUUGUCCACCUCCUGUUGAGCCCUGUCUUCCUGAUGCUGGUCCUGGCCCAGUGCUGCUUCUCCUCUGUGAUUGCGGGCCUCUCUACAUUCCUGAACAAGUUUCUGGAGCGACAGUACAGCGCCUCGGCCGCCUACAGCAGCCUGCUAGUGGGGGCUGUGAAUCUGCCAGCCGUAGCCGUGGGGAUGCUUAUUGGCGGUGUCAUUAUGAAGAGAGUAAAUCUGUCUCUGAAGACCAUCCCACGUUUCUGUGUCGUCAUGCUGACCACAUCCACCCUCCUCUGUAUCCCUCUGUUCUUCAUGGGCUGUCCCACCCAGAAAGUCUCAGAGGUUAAUAAUUACCAGGUUGGACAGUAUGGAUCUCUGUCCAAGUGUUACUCCAACUGCUCCUGUCCUGCUGGUGCCUUCAACCCCGUGUGUGGUUCUGAUGGUGUCGAGUACAUUUCUCCUUGCCAUGCAGGCUGCACCAACUUCACUAAAGACCCCAACAACACCCACCGGGUGCAGUUAUAUACCAACUGCAGGUGUAUAUCUGGGAGCCAGAAUCACGCCCACCCAGCUCCAUGUCCAAACAGCUGCCAGCAUUUUCUUCUUCCUGUCAUACUCGUCAUCUCUCUGGUGUCACUGAUCGCCUGCCUGACUCACAACCCCAUGUACAUGAUGGUGCUCAGAUCUGUUUCUUCUGAAGACAAGUCAUUUGCUAUAGGAAUCCAGUUUUUACUCAUGAGACUAUUAGCCUGGCUGCCAGCUCCUGCUCUCUUCGGGAUGGCCAUUGAUUCAUCAUGUUUCUGGUGGAGACGUGUGUGCGGAAAGAAGUUUAGCUGCGGUUACUACAACAACGACAUUUUGAGGAGCCGAUACUUGGGCUUACAGGUGGGUUAUAAGGUCAUGGGCAUCCUUCUGCUGAUGUUGCUGGGGUGGAAGAUGCAGCGGACCCAGGAGUACAGCCUGGAGAAGAGGCCUGAGGGGUUGCUGUGACCCUGCUCAGAAUUCCUCUUGAUCCCGUCCUCUCUCCUUGUUAAAGCUUUGCUGUGGUGUGAAACAUUUGGAAGAACAGUGUGCUGAGCAAAGCUGCAUCCAUGGGAGAAAGCCACAGUUGAGAUGAGUGUACACCAACCUCACGUCAUCUUAGACCCACCGGGUGCUUCACUGGCUGGGUUAGGAUGCACAUUUUCCAACUAGGAAAUUUUCUGAUGUUUUUGAAUGCUUUUAAACUUAUUACCCUGACAUUAUGAGCCACUCAUU